AUGGACGUUGCCACAAAGCUUUACGCAUCUGCAAAAGAAAAAAAUCCAAAUGCUGACUAUAAAGAUAAAUUUGACAGGAAUAGAAUUCGCAGCACACGCGUUAAUUUCUUUGAAGGAUCAUCGGAGACUGUGCAGUUGCAUGGGAAGGAAAAAAUUCGUAUAGAUACACUUAUCCUUAUAAUAGAUACAUUAAAUGAACAUUUAAAAAAUCGUUUGGUAGCGUAUCAAGAAAUUCACGAUCGUUUUCGUUUUCUUUCACAAUUAACAACAAUUGAUUCUGACGAGUUAACAAAAAAAAAUGCAAUGAAUUUAAAGAAUUCUAUCACGAAGACAUUAAUGCAUAUGAGCUCAAAUCAGAGUGUUUUGGAACGAAGUUCCUUAUCGCGCGUUGUGAAAGGGGCUAGACGGAAAAAAUUCUCACGAAAAGUUCAGUUAAAACAAGCAAGUGGUAGACCAAAACGGAAUAACUAA